UAAGUGAGCCAGUGCCUUUCACUCCGCGAGAGAAACCAGCGGCAUGAUGCGCGCGUGUACAAACUUCUUGUAGUACUUAGUGAUAUACUGUGACAAUAUUGUAGUGUAGUGACAAUGUGGUACCGAUGUAGUCAUCUCAGACCAAAGCUGCUGUGUUUACUUUAUAUUGUGUUUAAUAGUGUCGAAAUAUCAAGAUGUCUGGUGCUGCGCGCGUACCUGUCGCAGCACGGCCUGCACGGCGAGCUGGAGUUCUCCCACAAGAACGACACGCUCAUCAGCAUCAGAACCAAUCUGAAGCCCACGCUGCAGUACCCUGACGGAGUCUGGCGGUGGACCAUACACGAGUUCCCCGUCGACUACAGAGACCUGUCCGAGGACAGAUGCUCCGACGCUAAUUUAGGGCAAGAACUUAUUGAUCUCACUGAAGAAUUAGGCUACCUCAUCAUACCGGGUAAAGACCAUGCAGAGUUUGAGAGCAAAAACACUCUGACAGGUCCGAACGGCCUCUGGGGCAAGAGCAUAGUCCUCGAGACAGCAGAGAGGGACAGAGUGAUCUGCGCGUCCAUAAUAGCGACAGACAAGACUUAUGAGAAGAACGCGAUAGCGAGGUUCACGUCUCCGGUCGCGGGCGCGCUGCACUUCAGGUGGCUCUCAGCGAGGGAGUCGGACGAGUCCGACUCGUACAUCCAAGCGGACCUGUACCACACCAAAGCUGUGUCCAAUAAAGUGCAGUUCACAGAGCACAAGUGGAAGUUGUUUGUGACGGACAUCUUCGAUGCGGACAAGGGGAACUACGAGGACAACUGCAAUGUUCUGCAGCUGGUGUUUGAUCCGGAGAACAGCGGGGACGGGAUGAGUGUGGGGGACCUGGACAGCAGGCUGGGGCUCAUCAAGGUGGCCACCGACGCUAACAUUAUGAAGACCAAGACGCUGUUUAAGGAUGAAGUGAUCAACGUGUUGCGCAGCGACAUGGAGGUGACGCGCCGCAGCCUCUACGUCGUCAUAUACGACAACCGACACCCCGACAGCUUCCUCGCCUGCGCCAAGCUCAGGCCCAUGCUGCCGAAGAGCACUAAGGCUUUAAUCAACAUGGAGGGUAUCCGGGGCUCGGUCGACUUCACGCAGCGUUCCCCCUUCGACCCGACGUGGACGAACUUCCAGCUGGGCGCCGCCGACCAGGACUACGAGUCCAACCUGCGCUUCGUGAGCUCCGUGCUGCAGUACAACGUGCGCGACCUGCCGCCGCGGCUGCUGGCCGACGUGCACUCCUACUGCAACACCACCGGUGGCGUCUACAACCCCACUCAUGUAGACCUGACGAAACUGCCGCCUCCAGGCAUGGGCACCCAGGACCAGUACCCAGUGGGCCAGCUGCUGGGCAAGCACAAGGACCGCACGGAGUACCUGAACCACAAGUACCUGCUGCCGGGGCUGGCCAGCGAGCUCAGCGGCGCCUACUGGGACGUCUACCUGCCGCUGCAGGGCGUGCACAGCGUCGUGCACAGGGCCAUCGUCGUAGAGAGACGGGAACCGAAACGUGACGUGUGCGGUACGAUCCUGCUGUACGAGGCCGACACGGAGUACCAGACGCCGAUGUUCUCGGCGCAGGUGAUCUUCCGCUACCCCAUCGUGGGCCGCGUCAUCUUCCGCCAGCCGCAGGACCGGCCCUGGGAGGACACCACCAUCAUCAUCGAGAGCAUGGUGCACGCGGACGGCGCGAACGUGAACAACACGCGCGACCACCGCUGGGCGGUCCACGAGCACGGCCCUGGCGCGGACUACUACAACUGGUCGGGGCGCUGCCUCAGCGCGGGCCGCGUGUUGCAGCCGCACGCGCUCGACAUCGACACACGACACCCCGAGUCCUACUGCAGGCCCGGCCUCGAGGGACUCUGCCGGCUGGGCGACUUCACCACCAGACACGGCACGUUGCAAGUGGCGGGCAAGAAGGUGGACUCUGCCCGUCUGACGCGGCGCCUGUUCACGGACACCGUGGUGGCGCUGGCCGGGAAGCACUCCAUCAUGAGGAAGUCGCUGCUCAUCUACGACGACCACGGACCUGUCGCAAGGGGGGAGCGGAUGGCUUGUUCCAUUGUGAACGGUCUGCACCGUCGCAAGGCGGUGGUCCGCGACUGGUUCAGUAACGGCGAGGCGGCGCCGCUGAAGGGCCGCAUCGAGAUGACGCAGCAGUCCGAGUAUGACGUCACCAACGUGCUCGUCACGCUCGACGGACUCCAAGACGUCACCGACUACAAGAUACACGUGGUGCCGGUGGAGCGCGACCUGGAGUUCCCGUGCGAGAAGACGACGCUGUACGACACCUUCAACCCCUUCCACGUCAACAGGACGCUCAGCCCGCCGCCCACUAAAGGUACGGCGGACCAGUACGAGCUGGGCGACCUGGGCGCCAAGUACGGGCUGGUGGAGUCGCAGUCGCUGACCACGGCCUUCAACGAGACGCAGCUGUCGCUGUUCGGGCCCUACAGCGUGCUGGGCCGCUCCGUCGUGCUGCAUAAGAAGCAGAAGAACCGUCGCUGGGCGUGUUCGUCCAUAGAGCGCGGCUACAGUCCGUCGGAGGCCCGCGAGCUGCGCGCCAUCGCGUCCUUCCACCACCCGGGGGGCUUCGCCACCGGCUACAUCCGCUUCACGCAGCUCAUACACAACGACGGCAGCGCCAGCGACACCGUCAUCGAGGUCAAACUCAGGCAUCCCGGCGUGCGGGACACCAACGUGACCCUGAACCACAACUGGGCCAUCUUCGUGAACCCGGUGGGGGUGGACGCGGCCGUGAAGGUGACCAACACGCGCUGCGUGGCCGGCGGGUACCGCUGGAACCCCUACUUCACGCAGCUCGCUGACCCACUCAAUCACGACCUGUACAACCAGGAGUGCGGGCCGGACAACCCGCUGCGCUGCGACGUCGGGGACCUCACCAACCGGCUCGGGCCCAUCAACAUAGGCAGCAAGCGUCAGAUGUUCAUGGACAGCAACUUCCCGCUGGAGGGGACGGUGAGCGCGGUGGGGCGCUCCAUCGUGAUCUUCGGGCCGGAGCGCAGCCCCGAGCGGUUCGCCUGCGCCAACAUCGAGCCCGACAAGGACAUCAUCAAGUACGUCAACAUCAUGAAGCCGCCGCGGUUCGUGCUCGGCAUGUUCCUGGAGGAGAUGCGUCGCGUGAUGGGCGUGCCCCCGUGGAUGAUGUCGCUGGACGCGCGGCGCACGCGCACGCUGCACGGCGGCGCCUGCAUACAGCUACUGCUGCACUUCACCGGACCACACGCCAACAGGCUCGAGCUGGACUUCACCAGAUUGCUGGCGUCGGGUCGUCUGGACUCGCCCACCAUCUUCAUCCCCGGGUACGUGAACACCAAGCGGAAGAAGACCAUCUCCUACCGCCAGUGCGGCACCACCGACCCCAACGACAGGAAGACCAACUUGGAAGGCCCCUUCCUAUUCUUCGGACCAAAAUCCUUGGACAAAUACAAAAGACCAGCUCUGAAGUACUUGGACCAAGAUGAGCUGAUGCGGAUAUACGGAGAGCAGGCGGCGAUAGUGGUGUUCAACAACCAGGACUCGGUGCCGCUGUCCAGCGGGUACUUCCCGCGGCUGCGCAAGAUGCUGGAGCGGCAGAGCACGCUGGUGCUGCCGCAGGACUUCCUCGACGUGCACCCCGACUACAUCAGCAACGAGACGCAGGUGCUGACGCUGCAAGGUCCGUGGUCGGAGCGCGACGCCCAGAUGACGGAGACAUUCGCAAGGUUACAAGAUAUAUAUGGAGCUGGGCGCGUGCUUGGGAUUCUAGGUAACUCAGUGUCACAAAGUCAGUCAGCUGAUUACAUUGACGGAGAGCCGUGGGCCCGGGUUCGACGCCAGGCGCAGAACGACACGACAUCGUCAACUACUUCCCCCGAUGAUGAGAGACCUUCGAAAGUGAUGCAGAAAUUUGCACUCUACAACGCUACAGGUCUGCCAGGCAAGAGUGCUCUCCUGUAUUCGUCGGGAUGGCCGGAGCUGCGGCGCACGAACGGCAGCACGAUCCGGCUGAGCACUCCGGUCGGACAGCCCACCAUCAAGCCCACCCGCCUGUAUACCAUCAUGGUCGUGCGGUUCGUCGACGGGGACAGCAGGGAUAAGAUAACUCUCGAGUUCAGCUUCAAGCAGUCAGCUGGCUGGUGGACAGCAGUGGGCGUGGAGGUGAAGUUCGGCUUGGAGACGAUGGGUAUCAGCCUGAAGGCACCAGCGCCGCCUGACGCGCCCUCUGCUGUACUGGGCCGCUCCUACCAUUGCUCGCUGCCACUCGUCUACUCGUCGGAAGAAGCUACACUCACACUCCCUGAUGUACAGAUGCAGAUGUUCAUGGACAGUACCGAGAAGUUCUCCGAUGCCUUCGACUGCAUCGGGUUUACUACUGUACCCAUCUGGUCUGGUAUAAUGGUCUCGUUCAUCAUGCUGAUCGGGCUCGGCAUCUCCAUAUCCAUGAUCCUCGACAUCAAGACCAUGGACCGCUUCGAGAACAACCGCAGCAAGCAGCUCACCAUCACCGUCAGCGAAUAAUUCAUGACUCUGUGCAUCGUUCAGUCUAUAACCACACCUACCUUUACUUAGAGUAUCGUAUCUUAGUCAUUCUUGUUACCUUCCAUAGUGCGUGGGUCAGUUCUGUAUAAAGAUGUCCUAUCUGUGAUCCGACACACGCGCUGUAGAAGUUUAUUUUACUUAGGUUUAAUAUGUAUGGAACAUCCAUAAAUCGCGGCAGCAGAUAUAUCGUUAUGUGUGGUCGCGAUUUAUAAGCACUGUCGUACGAUGGAUGCGGCGGUGGCUUAACUUUACAAACAACAUAAUCACUCUUUGAAGAGCUUCCUUUGGGCCAAUAUGGUCCAUCCCUGAUUGGCCCGCCCCCCCAGUCACGCGGAGCGCGGCGCGCCCGCGGCGGGCCUCGCUCCACGUGAUGCUCACAUCUUUCCAUGCUGGUCUGGGAAGGAAAGAAAAACAUAGAAGGGCCAGCUGCUUCUCGUCCCGCGCAAGUCGUAAGAGGCGACUGAGGGAUCAUGGCGGGCGGCGCGCGGCGCGGGGCCCAGCACCCCCCGCGUGCGGCGCCGCCUCCGUCUGCGCCAGGAGUUGCUAGCAACGCCCCAGCAGUGCGCCUGUUGGAGCGUUGCUCAUAGAGUAUUUUUGUACAAAAAUAGUUUUAACAUCGCAUCAUAAAGCCGGGAAAACGCUUAGCUAAUUUAGUUUUAAUCUGUCUCUGUUCCUGUCCUCUUGUCUUUCCUUAGGUUAAGUGUUAAGAUAUUGUUAAGGUAGUAAUAACGAACAUGUGUGGAAAGCAUAGGUAAGAAUGCCAUUGAUACGUAUAGUUGUAAGUUGUAAAAAUUAAUAUUAAGGAUAUUGUCACUUGGAACGACGGUAUCUUUAAUGUAAUCUUGCAAAUAUAUUGUGAAUAUAAUUGCAUAUCAAAUGUUA